AUGGCGGGCGCGGCGGAGAGGCGGGUGCUGAUUAUGGGCGAUGGCGGCUCCCCCGCCGGGGCGGCCAUGGGGGAUCGCGCGGGGGGCGGGCGGCAGCACGUGCUGCAUCUGGCGCACCCGAAAACAGGCGCGUCGCUGGCGGGGGCGCGAUGGCGCGUGGGGAGUAGGGGCGCGUGUGGCCAUUGGGAUGGGAGGGGAGUGCGAGGGGGAAUGGGCGGCGGUGUGCUACAUGCAGCAGGGCGAGGCGGUGGUGGAGGUGGCGUGGUUCAAAGACGCGCUCUCCUCGUGGCUGCUGGGGGACUCCGUGCUCCAAGGACCCGACUCUCCCUAACUUCUCUCCCACACAUCAAGCCUGCUUCCCAUAGCGCCUGCUGUGCAUCUUGCUGCUGCUUCUCCCCUCGCCCCGCCUUACACAUCCCCCCUGACCUUCUCCUCCCUCCAUGUGCACACAGAGGCAUAUGCGGUGGGGCUGCUGGGCGAGUAUCUGCCCGCCUCCUUCCACGCUGCCCUCUGCCGCCACCUCUCCAUCAGGUCAGUGCCGCCCACGCUCCUCACAUGCCCUCUUCACACACUUUUCUUCUGCUGCCAUGCCGUCCCCUCUCUCCUCGCACACCUCCACAUGCCACCCUCUGUCCCUAUCUCCUCCCCCACCCACCCGCUCCACAUUCGCCCUCCACGCUGCAUGUGCCGCUGGCUGCUGUGUGCCGUGCGUGGGGCAGUGAGGGCGAGGUGAAGCAGAGCCAGCAAGGGGGGCAACGCCUGGCCAGCCCACCUGCCACUACUGCCACUCAACCCAAGCACUCGCACGCGAUCACUGAUCACAUCCGCGCCUCCUCUUCAUCCUCGCUGCCGAUAGAAUCCCCGCCGCCGCCACCAAUCGCGCUCGCGCCCACGCUGCUCUCUUGCGCCGCGCCUUCUCGCGCAUCUCGCUCCACACCUGCGGCGGCGCGCCGCCAUCUCGCGUCGCCCCCCCGCAUCCCACUCGCCGCUUGA